UGUCGCCAUCUAAUGGUGUGACGCUCUAACAACAGCGGAAAAGUGGGUUGAACUGUAGUGACGUCAGACGUAAAAGAGCGUCGCUGUAUUUUCCUCAUCGAUCGCAGGUGUCUCUACCGGCCAUCAGGAAGGAAGGAGUUACAAUAUAUACUUAGAAUGACAUUAGGAGCAGUUGCCUCUGUGAUCCUCGCCAUAGGAGGAGCUGCAGUGUUUUCUGCUCUUCAUAAAAUUGAAGAAGGACAUGUGGGUGUUUACUACAGAGGUGGAGCUCUGCUGACCACCACCAGUGGCCCUGGCUUUCAUCUGAUGCUGCCGUUCAUUACUACAUUCAAGUCUGUACAGACAACCCUACAAACAGAUGAAGUAAAGAAUGUUCCAUGUGGCACAAGUGGAGGUGUAAUGAUCUACUUUGAUCGCAUUGAGGUGGUAAACUAUCUUGUUCCCUCAGCAGUUUAUGGCAUUGUGAGAAACUUCACUGCCGACUACGACAAAGCUCUGAUUUUCAACAAGGUACACCAUGAGUUGAAUCAGUUCUGUAGUGUGCACACACUUCAGGAGGUCUAUAUAGGUCUAUUUGAUCAAAUAGAUGAGAAUCUUAAGCUCACUCUGCAGGAGGAUCUAACCAGCAUGGCCCCCGGACUCCUCAUUCAGGCGGUCCGUGUUACCAAACCAAACAUUCCAGAAAGCAUUCGCAGGAACUAUGAAUUAAUGGAGAGUGAGAGAACGAAGUUACUGAUUGCAGCUCAGACUCAGAAGGUUGUAGAGAAGGAGGCAGAGACCGAGAGAAAAAAGGCUGUCAUUGAGGCAGAGAAGGUGGCUCAGGUGGCUGAAAUAAAAUUUGGACAGAAAGUUAUGGAAAAAGAAACAGAGAAAAGGAUCUCAGAAAUUGAAGAUGGCGCUUUCCUUGCUAGGCAGAAAGCAAAAGCAGAUGCAGACUUUUACACCUCACAGAGAGCAGCUGAGGCCAACAAGCUGAAGCUGACCCCUGAAUAUCUCCAGCUGAUGAAAUUUAAGGCAAUAGCAACUAAUAGUAAGAUUUACUUUGGAAGUGAGAUCCCUCACAUGUUCAUGGACUCGGGACCAGGAAGCUCCUCCUCAGCUGCCUCCAAAGCCAUAGACGCCCUCUCAGAGGGCAUACUGGACUUGGAAUGAUGAGAGAAGCUGUGUUGUAGCACUGAGGAUAAAUUAACAGGUAAUAAAAGAGACUAAUGGCAAGUCAUUAGACUGCAUUGGUACAGUCAGUGCAGCUGAAAUCACUUCAGUAAAGUAUUACGGUGCUGUAUCACUGGGACCGAAACAUUAUACCUGCAACUAUGCCCUGGUGAGUUGAUCACAAGCCAAUGGUGGUUAACCAGAGUAUUAUACUUUUAAGUAGAACAGUGUGUGGGAAUGUGAAUUUGAAUGUGAGAUUAGAACCCAGUUGAAUGCAUGUAGAGAUUUGUGCAUGAUUUAAAUGUUUUAAGAUACAUUAAAUUUGUAAAACUAAAGAAACAUUUUUUUUUUUACACUGAGGAAUUUGAAUGAUGUACUUUCAAGACAUCUUAAUGUCUUGAAGGCUUUUAUACCUCAGGGAUUCUUUUAUUGGGUUUACAGAAUUAAAAUCAGAAUAUGGACUAGAUUAGAAAAGUGUUCUUAAUUUUAUUGCCAUUUGAAGUUUUACUGACUCGGCCGACUUGAAAAUUUAGAACACCAUCCUAAUCAAGCUGUCCAAGUACUGAGAAAAUCUUUCAAGAGGUAACAAUUUAUAGUGUGUAAACCUGCAAAAUCGUAAGGUCAUCUGAAAACUGUAGCAUAUAGUUUUAUUGUUAAAUAUAAAAGUACAGCAUCAUAUAAUUUUUAUCAAUCGUGUGCCGUUUUAUUUUGAGUUUAUGAGAAAUGUUUCAUCUUAAGCGAUGUACAGUACACUUUAAAAUGAUAUCCCCCUUUAAAUCGCCAGGCGUUUUGUGCCUUUUCCAGCACAGCACCCAGAGGAGUGUAAUCGAACAUACUCUCCAGUCUUUCACAUUUCUGUGGAUUUGGGAGACUACAUUAUAAAAUCUUUGUUGCUGUCUCACCACUGACCUUUAGAAAGCAGCAUGUCUGUAGGCUGUUUCUCACUCAUGGAAUGUUGAUUCUGCUUGAUGUUGUUAGUCAUAUUUGGAAUAUGUUUUCUGUAAAUGAUUUCAGUUUUCCCUGAAAUGAAGUUCAAACAAAGGCUUUUUAAGUGUUAAAAUAGUUAAAUGCAGUAUGAAGAUCAUGUACAGUAUGUCAUUCUUGUACCUCCAGAUGUGUGGAUCAGUAGCUUGCUUUCAUUUGUUGUCAGGAAUGUAGGCUACUUGUUUACAUUCUUGCCUAUCUGAAUAAGACAGCAGCUUGAAGGAUAUAAAAAGUUUUUCACUGAUACAUGUAUAGAUGUUCCUAAUAAUGAACAGCAUUUGAAAUGAUCUCCUUAUUGUUACUGUCUUUGAAAAUUUGGACAGACUUUAAUUUAGUCAGACUGUUUAAAGGGCCAUGUUUUUUUUGAUCACAGUUGUGUUUAGGCCUGAGAACUGGCAAGUUUUAAACAUUGUAGCAGAUUGUGUAAUACUUUGUUCAAAACCUCAGAGACUCAUUAGAGCUUCCCAAAGACCUUUACUGUUCAUGUCUGUGUUUUGCAUGAGCACUGAAUGCGUGUUGAAUCACUUUCUGUUUUUAAUGUGUUGUCAAGUUCACAAUUUCUUUAUUUCAUGUACAUUAAAAAUUGGCUAUGUAUUGGGUGUGUAAUUGUUUAUACAGUAAAGUUUUCUCAUGAAGUCUUUGUGUUCAGUUUUAAUAAGUAACAUGCUUAAAGUAAAUGCAUAUUUAAAUUAUAAAGUAUAUCUAAAGUAAAUACAUAUUUAAGGAGAAGUAUAUUAAUGUGUUUUCAGUAGAAAUAUCUGCCAAGAAACAACUUGGCAGCUGUCAGAUUUACUCACUUGUAUUUACUCAGGGUGUCCGCGGGGUCUUAAAAAGUAUUAAAAGUUGAUAAAUCCAUUUUGGGAAAAUUAAGGCCCUUAAAAGGUAUUAAAAAGUCUUAAUCCCGAUUUUAUGAGGUAUUUAAAUUCUGUUCAAGCUUUGUCAAAAGAGUUUGACUCCAAAAAGUAUGCAUGAAUAUAUUUAUUUUCCUCCCCAUAACUAUUAAAAACGAAGGCGUGCUGUGGCGUGUGCGCCGUUUACGGAUGACGUCACGUAUUUUGCGAAAUGCGCGGUUAGGUGAUGUGUUGAUGUGUCGCCCUCCACACGUCGCGAAACAGACUCCGAAAUGGGGAAAUGUAAAUUUGCGGACUCCUGGUUGGAGAAGGAUGAGUUUAAACAAUGGCUGAAGCCUGUCGCUGAA